AAAUCUUGAGACGCUAGUUAGCAUACUUAUGGUUUCAUUUAGUGGUUGCUGCAAUUGCGAGAUGCAACCAAGGCGUAUACAAUACAUUAUUUUAAUUGCUGAAGAAUUGAAGUUUUGGUGUAUUUGAGGAACAUGGCCCGUAAAGGUACAGGAGAAAUAUUAAAGUACAUUGUUGGAUUUACCAUGGCUUUCCUGCUAACGGAAGUAUGUGCUGUGGAAACACUUGAUUUCCCAGAAGCAAGCAUAGAUUUACCGUUUGGUUACAUAGAUGAGCCACUCCAUCAUAUACAAAGAAGAGAUGCAGAGCUAAUGGAGUUCAUUGUGAUUGUGGAAGUGAAUGUAUCCCAAGCUGUAGUCAUCGAGCUAAUCAAAUCAUCUUUGGCCUCCCUCACGUUUCCUCUUCAAGUGGGCAACAGUACUGAAAUUACUGAUGUAAAUGUAACAACAGUGUGCCAACCAAAUGGGACCGAAUACCAGUGCACUUGUGAAGACGGUUAUGCAUGGUCAUACAACAACUGCAAGGCAUAUGAGGCAUGCGAUGACAUCCGCUUAGGCUCAUGUGGAUGUAUCAAUGGCAUCCCAACUGAUGGAGAGAUGUGUUUGUUACAAAAUGAACUACCAAUCACAGAGUUUUUGUUUGAAAUUGAGAUGAAUGCAGCAGUCAUCUCUGUGAUCAGCGAGAUGAGGAGACUUUUGGGGAACCUCACCUUUCCGCUUGCAUUAGAUGAUCUGGUAGAACUUUUAGAUAUGGACAUCACAACAGUGUGCAGCUCAGGUACCACUGGUUACCAGUGUAGUUGUGAGGAUCAGUAUGUCUGGCCUUGUGACAAGUGUAAAGAAUAUGGGAGCUGUAGCACCACUAAUGACACAUGCAGCUGCAUCAACGCUGUACCAAGUGAUGGACAGUUCUGUCAGCCAUUCAGCACGAUGACAAGAGACACCACAGCAUGUACACAACCAGUAGCAGCACAACCUUCAGCAUACGUGAUUGACUUUGAUGUGAGAUUCUUUGACUCGGCUCUUGUGAACUUCUUUCGAAAUCUGGUCACAAAUAUCAACCUUCCUCUCGCUCUGAGCAACAAUGUUAAUGUCACAGAUAUCGACAUGACUACUGUGUGUGGAUUAAAUGGCACAGAAUAUGAGUGUAAGUGUGAGGAUCAUCAUGUCUGGUCCAAUGACACCUGUGAGGUCUAUCAGGUGUGUGAUGGGAUUGUGGGAGGAACUUGUGGAUGUAUUCAAGGUCUCCCUUCAGAGGGUCAACUUUGCCAGAGAGAGACUCAACCUUUAACUGAAUAUCUGAUUGAAAUUGAGAUAAAUACCCUGAAUCCUGCCAUCAUUGAUCAGCUGAGGAGCCUUCUGAUGUCUUUCCAUUUACCCUACACACUCACUGACAACACAAACAUUACAGAAAUCAACAUAACUACUGUCUGUUCUUUGAAUGAAAUGGGAUAUCAGUGUAAAUGUGAGGGUCUGUUUGUUUGGCCAAUUGACACGUGUCAUUCAUAUGAGACCUGUGAUAACAUCACUGAUGGUGUGUGUACAUGUAUCAAUGCUCUUCCAAACAAUGGACAGUUCUGCCAGUUAAAGAAAGGGCCGACUUUAAACUACAUGAUUGAUGUUGAUGUGAGAUUCUUUGACUCGUCUCUUGUGAACUACUUACGAAAUCUGAUCACAAAUAUCAACUUUCCUCUCGCUCUGAGCAACAACAUUAAUGUCACAGAUAUCGACAUGACUACUGUGUGUGGAUUAAAUGGCACAGAAUAUGAGUGUAAGUGUGAGGAGCAUCAUGUCUGGUCCAAUGACACCUGUGAGGUCUAUCAGGUGUGUGAUGGGAUUGUGGGAGGAACUUGUGGAUGUAUUCAAGGUCUCCCUUCAGAGGGUCAACUUUGCCAGCGAGACAUAAAUGAAUGUAAAGAUGCACAGUCAGUGUGUGGUCAAAACUCAGAUUGUAUUAACACCAUUGGGAGUCACAUUUGUUCAUGCUGGAGUGGAUUUGCUCCCUUGUAUAAAUACAUUCCUGUGAGUGUCAACAACUCAUGUGUCUUGACUCAACCUUUAACUGAAUAUCUGAUAGAAAUUGAGAUAAAUACCCUGAAUCCUGCCAUCAUUGAUCAGCUGAGGAGCCUUCUGAUGUCUUUCCAUUUACCCUACACACUCACUGACAACACAAACAUUACAGAAAUCAACAUAACUACUGUCUGUUCUUUGAAUGAAAUGGGAUAUCAGUGUAAAUGUGAGGGUCUGUUUGUUUGGCCAAUUGACACGUGUCAUUCAUAUGAGACCUGUGAUAACAUCACUGAUGGUGUGUGUUCAUGUAUCAAUGCUCUUCCAAACAAUGGACAGUUCUGCCAGUUAAAGAAAGGUCCGACUUCAAACUACAUGAUUGAUGUUGAUGUGAGAUUCUUUGACUCGUCUCUUGUGAACUACUUACGAAAUCUGAUCACAAAUAUCAACCUUCCUCUCACUCUGAGCAACAACAUAAAUGUCACAGAUAUUGACAUGACUACUGUGUGUGGAUUAAAUGGCACAGAAUAUGAGUGUAAGUGUGAGGAGCAUCAUGUCUGGUCCAAUGACACCUGUGACGUCUAUCAGGUGUGUGAUGGGAUUGUGGGAGGAACUUGUGGAUGUAUUCAAGGUCUUCCUUCAGAGGGUCAACAUUGCCAGAGAGGUGAGAAAUCACAAUUAAGCACAAAUGUGCUUAAUGUAAUUUACUCACCAAUAUGA